AUGGCUGACUCGGAGCUCUCCCCCAAGUUCGCGCCCUUCUUCGGAAUGGCCGGCAUCGCUGCAGCCAUGAUCUUUGGCAGCAUGGGUGCAGCAUAUGGUACCGCAAAGGCCGGCAUUGGUAUCGCGGGUGUGGGCACCUUCAGGCCAGACCUGAUCAUGAAGUGUCUGAUCCCCGUCGUCAUGUCGGGUAUCAUCGCCGUCUACGCCCUCGUCAUCUCAGUCCUGAUCGCCCAGGACCUUGCGCCACCUGAUGCCGGGGGUGCCAACUACAGCCUGUUCAACGGCUUCAUGCAUCUUGCCUGUGGGCUGUCAGUGGGACUCACAGGUCUUGCUGCCGGUUAUUGCAUUGGCGUUGUUGGCGACAAGGGUGUCAGAUCGUACAUGCAACAGUCGAGAGUGUUUGUCGGCAUGGUGCUUAUUCUCAUUUUCGGAGAAGUUCUUGGUCUUUAUGGCCUCAUCGUCGGUCUCAUUCUCAACACCAAGAGCAAGGGCUAAGUGUCAUUUGUUUACCGGAGAAGCGAGCGAAGGUACAAUUUGUACAACAACAGUGUAUAACAAGCCGAGACGCGGCUGGUGAGAGGCGGUUAUCAGUAGCAUUUGGCCCGGCGUUGACGGAUGUUUACUUGUUUAUAUAGGCAUCAUGGGAUGAAUGACGGAGGCGACAAACAGGGUUACAGAAUUCGAUACGAGAAAUAGACCCUGCCACUUUUUUGGAGUUGUCACCCUAGUCUGGUUCGUAAGUCGGCUCGAGCACCCGUCACUCUGGGAACUAGCAGACACCAAACAAAGUAGAACC